AUCACGUGGCUUGUACAAAAUGGUGGCUGUAUCACUAAUCUUGGUUGCGAUUGUUGUCUGUCUGUUUACUUACUGGUUUUACAAACAGGAAAAAAUCAGAAGAAAUGCAGAUAAGCUUGGGGGGCCGAAGUCAAUCCCGAUUUUGGGAAAUGUACAUCAGCUUAAGAGAAAUCCAAAAGAUUUCACAGAGCAGCUUUAUGAACUAAUUGAAGAGUAUGGGCAUCGAGGAGUAUUUCGACUGAUGGUUGGACACCCAUUGAUUCUUGUUUGCAGUCCAGAGGAAGCAGAGCCAUUAAUGAACAGUUCUAAACACAUGGACAAGUCUGUUGACUACAACUAUCUUCACCCAUGGCUUGGAACUGGACUUCUUACAAGCACUGGUGACAAAUGGAAGAUACGACGCAAGUUGCUCACUCCUUCGUUCCACUUUAAAAUUCUUCAUGAUUUUGUCGCUGUAUUCAAUGACCAAUCAAGAGUUCUGCAGAACACCCUCAUGGCAAAGGCAGAUGGAAAAACAACAGUAAACGUGUUUAAUGACAUAACUCUAUGUGCACUGGAUAUCAUCUGUGAAACAGCCAUGGGUAAAUGUGUCAGUGCACAGAAAGACAGUAAUUCUGAAUAUGUGCAGGCAGUAUACAAGGCUUCAGAGUACACAUUUUUGAGACAGAGGUCACCAUGGAUGGGGCCAAAGUUUCUGUUCAACCUGUUGGGUCCAGGCAAAGACUAUGAUAGGUGUCUGUCUGUACUCCAUACAUUCACCGAAAAGGUAAUUAGAGAAAGGCAGGAAGAAUUUUCCAAGCAGCAUGAUGGUAAAAUCACAAUGCAGGAAUUGUUAGAUGAACAAGACUUUGGUAGUUUUCUCGGGAAAAGAAGGAGGCUUGCUUUCCUCGACAUGUUGUUGUGUGCCACCACAGAUACACAGAAACUGUCAUUCCUUGAUAUCAGAGAGGAAGUGGACACCUUUAUGUUUGAGGGUCAUGACACUACAGCCAUGGCAUCAAAUUGGGCUGUGCACCUGAUAGGGAGUGACCCUGAGGUUCAGAAGAAAGUACAUGAUGAAUUAGAUGGUAUAUUUGGUACAAGUGACAGGGAUGUAACAAUGGAUGACCUAAAAGAAAUGAAAUACCUUGAAUGCUGUAUGAAGGAAACAUUAAGACUAUUCCCAUCUGUGCCAGUGUUUGGACGUAGCCUUACAGAAGAUACAAACAUUGGUGGUGUUACAAUACCAAAAGGAACAAGUACAUUGAUUGUACCUGCAGCCAUUCACAGAAUAAAGUCUAUUUACCCAGACCCUGAGAAGUUUGAUCCUGACAGAUUCCUACCAGAAAAUUCUGUAUCCAGACAUCCAUUUGCUUAUAUACCAUUCUCUGCUGGUGCCAGAAACUGUAUAGGCCAGAAGUUUGCCACCAUGGAAAUGAAGGUUAUUUUAUCCAGCAUUUUUCGUAACUUCUCAGUGAAGAGCAUGCAGAAGAGGGAAGAGUUGUGUCCCCUUGCUGAGCUGAUUUUGAGACCAGGAGAGGGCAUAAAGGUCAUUCUGACACAGAGAAGGAAAGAAACAGAUGUAUAAAAAAAUGUGGGCAGUUUCAAACUGUACCAUCUAUUGAGACAGAUUUGAAAAGAAUGUUAUUGAUGAAAGAAACUUUUCCAGAACUGAAAUAUUCUGCAGAGCAUUUGUAUUUUUAAUUGCCAAUUCUAACAUGAUCCGCAUUAAUUGCUCUAUAUACAUCUAGCAGACAGCCUAUAUAUUAAAUUAUUAUUCUUGUAUAAAAUAUGAUUGUCUGAUAUAUUUUACCCCCUACAACUACAACAAAGAUAUUCUACUCCUGUUCCAUUAUAUAUGAAAUAUUUCAGUGCCAAAUUGUAGCAAUAAGAUACACUUCAAAAUCAUAAUUAUGAUAAGGAGUUAUACUGGCUAAUGUGCAGGGCAGUAAACAGCUUUUGUUCUCUAGGAGCAAAUUUGCUCAGUUAUGAUUUAGCAGUGACAUCAUAAAAGUAUGCGAUAGAUCAUAACACUGGAUCAAAUGACAAGAAUUUUGCCUUUGAUAAUUCUGUUAAUAAAUAGUUUGUGAGCUAUUCGAUUUCUAGUUUAUAGAUACUUCUCAAAAUUCUUUAAAAAACAAACAAAUAUCAAAAAAAUCCUUUGGUGAUGCAACACUUUCUAACAAUGGGCGUAAAAUGUAAAAGUGUAUGUGUCAAAUGACAUAUUGAGCUGAAAAUGUAGGACUGUAAAAUGAAAAUUAUUUGCAUUGUAAGAAUCAAAAUAAUAAACAUUUUCUGAUACUUCUACAAGUAAAUAAGAUAUGCCAUGGGCAAUCAUUUGGAUACUAAUAAUUGAAUCACUAGUGCUAUUAUUUCUUAAUUAAAUCAUUACUGUGGUAGUAGCUUCAGAGGCGAUUAUCUUAUAUAUAAGGACAAAUAAUUGCAAAAUUCAGACUUAUGUAAUCAUACAGCAUACCAUCAAUGCUAGAAAGCCAUGGAUAAAAUGUUGAAACGUUAAGCACUGUAUAUAUGAUAUAAAUUGCAAAACUGAAAGUCACCUCUCAGGUCUGUUUUAUACUUGUAUCAAUGUCCUUGGGCUUUUCAUACAGUUAACAUUAUUGAUCAGUUUGUUAAGAUGUUUGAUCCUGUACCAACUGGAUUUUAGUUGCUACUUAUUUUCUUGUUUUUAGUGUAAUUGUGGUACAUGAGAAGUUACGGAUACCUUUUCACACUUGUAUUAAAUAAAUUUUUGCGUGCACAAUCUGAUUAUUACAUUUAAUGAUUGAUUUUGCUAAAAAAAUGGCAUUUUUCAUAGGUUUUUGCUUGAUUAUAUGUUUUAAUUGCCUGUUAUAUGUUUGUUUUCUAUCCAUUAUAUAGUGACUUGAAUUUAGAGACCACAUUUGGAAACCAAUGAAUGGUCUUUAUUCUCAGAUGGUUUUAUUUAAAAAGUUAAAGAACAUAGCAAAUUUUAACAUUAAGCUAUUGUUCCCCCAAAGGUAUUUAACCUUACCCUGCUAAAUUUCUAAAAUGGAAUGAUCCAUCAUUAAAUUUGGACAGUACCAUCAACUGUUAAAAGGGGUGCUUACCAAAAAAUACUGACUGAAUUGCAAACAGUGCAGAUCAUGAUCAGACUGCACAGAUAUGCAUGUUAAUGACGAUCUACACAGGUCGCUAAAGCAGAAUUAGUUGUGUCCAGCAUGGUAAGGGUUAAGUGACAAGUUACAUAUAAAUUCACAUUUCCAUUUUAUUAUAUUACUAAUGAAGUGGUAUGAGGAGGCAUAUGCUUAUUUUAACACAAUCUCUAGUAAAUGUUUGCUUCUACAGCUAAAUCUAAGUUAAAUCUAUAGAAAGAUCCUUUGGAUGCAUAGAAAGCAGCCAAGCAAAAUUGACUGCAGACAAAGCCAGGCCUGUUCAUUAGAGUUGCCAUACAACACUCUUCAUACCCGCCUUGCAUGUCUUGCCAAAGUCUAAUCAUCCGGACAUUUUAGAUAAAUUGAGUUCCAAAGUUGGCUCACAUUCUGUAUUUCUGUUUUGUUGUGUGAAUACAAAGACGUAGUUUGUUGCUUUGUGGUUACCAGACUAAGAUGUUAUUAAUGACAUGCAAAAUCAUUACAGUAUGAAAAUUUACAAAUUCAUAAAGUUUCCUCAGGAAUAAAACUAUACGUAGUAUUUAUUUCAUAUGUUUUAUGUCCUUUUAUUUUGAGUUCAGAAUGCCAGUAAAUACAUAUAUCAGCAUUAAAUGAAAUUCAAGACUUGUAAAAUAACUAUUUGUCAAUUCACCACCGUCAAAGUCAUAUUCUGUUUUUCAGAGUACCAGUAAUUCUUGCUUUAAAAAAAAAUAACAUUUUCACUUUGUUUUUAAAUUUCAAUAGUGCAUGUAUAUGAUUUUAGAGGUUAAGAUACUUUACUGUCCAAAUGAAAACGUAUGAUAAGCUUUACACACAGAUAAAAUUGUGCACAGUCCUUUCAAUGUAACUGAUAACCUAUAGCAAGAGAGUUACACUGGUACUGUUUCCAGCAGUACAAGUCCAGACUGGUAAUUGGGUAGGUAAUUCUGACACCUGCCAUGGGCUCAAAGGAAAAUAAGUUAGUCCAUCCAUUCCAGGAGGAGACUUUCGUUGACAUGCCUGAUUUAAAACUUGAUUGAUAGCUACCUAUCAUACUUAUAACAACAGUUUGUAUCAGAAAGGUUAAUUUGCAAAGCUAUAUUUGAGAAAAAUACUUUUGUAGCAAAUAUAUUUUGAAAAGUUAUCUGGCUUUGUUUAGUUUUCCAGAUUUUUUCAGUCUCAAAAUAAUAGUUACUUUAUUUAGCCACAGUGGCAGUUACAACUGUUUUAUUUCUUUAUAAAAAAAGAUUAUGUUUACUAUAUGCAAAAUAUGUGCUGAAAUUCCAUUUGAAGAAAAAAAAAUGUUGUUUUAUAGCUUUCCUUCAGUAAUAAACCCAUGACAAGAAUUUUCUUUGAGAUUUAUUUUUAAAUAUUGUUGUUUUCUCUUGUUGUGAAAAUUUUAGUUUUCUAAAUGUUUUUAGCCCACCAUCAUCAGAUGGUGGGCUAUUAAAAUCACUCUGCGUCCGUCAUUCCGUCCGUCCGUCCGUUAACAAUUUCUCGUUAUCGCAUCUCCUCAGAAACUACUGGGGGGAUUUUGACCAAACUUUGUCAGAAUGAUGUAUUGGUACCCUAGUUGUGUCCCCCAGAAAAUCAGACUGGUUCAACAAUUUAUGAGUGAGUUAUGGCCCUUUGUUUAUUUCUAUAAUUUACAUAGAUUUAUAUAGGGAAAAACUUUGAAAACCUUCUUGUCCAAAACCACAGAGCCUAGGGCUUUGAUAUUUGGUAUGAAGCAUUAUCUAGUGGUCCUCUACCAAGAUGAUUCAAAUUAUUUCUCUGGGGUCAAAUAUGGCCCCGCCCUGGGGGUCACAUGGUUUAUAUAGACUUGUAUAGGGAAAAACUUUGAAAAACCUCCUGUCCAAAACUACAGGGCCUAGGGCUUUGAUAUUUUGUAUGUGACAUCAUCUAGUGGUCUUCAACUAAGAUUAUUCAAAUUAUACUCCUAGGGUCAAAUAUGGCCCCGCCUUUGGGGUCAUAUGGUUUACAUAGACUUAUAUAGGGAAAAACUUUGAAAAUCUUCUUGUCCAAACCACAAAGCCUAGGGCUUUGAUACUUGUAAUGUAGCAUCAUCUAGUGGUUCUCUACCAAGUUUGUUCGAAUUAUCCCCCUAGGGUCAAAUAUGGCCCCGCCCCGGGGGUCACAUGGUUCAUAUAGACUUAUACAGGGAAAAGCUUUUAAAAUCUUCUUGUCAAUAACUACAACAUUCAAAUUUGGACAUGUAUAUUUUUGAGUGGCAAGAUGAACCUUGACAUGAGUUGACCUUGAUUUUGACCUAGUGACCUACUUUCACAUUUCUGUAGCUACAGCCUUCAAAUUUGGACCACAUGCAUAGUUGUGUGCACUUGAAAAAACUUUGACCUUGAUUUUGACCUAGUGACCUACUUUCACAUUUUUGAAGGUACAGGUAUCAAAUUUGGACCAUAUGCAUAGUUCCGUGUUUCAAAAUGAAAUUUGACAUUGAUUUUGACCUACUGACCUACUUUCACAUUUUUGAAGGUACAGGUAUCAAAUUUGGACCACAUGCAUAGUUUUGUGUUCCGAAAUGAAAUUUGACCUUGAUUUUGACCCAGUGACCUACUUUCUCAUUUCUCAAGCUACAGCCUUCAAAUUUGGACCACAUACAGGGUUUUAUGUACCGAAACAAACUUUGACCUUUACAUUGACCUAGUGACCUACUUUCACAUUUUUGAAGGUACAAGCUUCAAAUUUGGACCACAUGCAUAGUUCUGUAUUCUGAAAUAAAAUUUGACCUUGAUUUUGACCUAGUGACCUACUUUCACAUUUCUCAAGCUACAGCCUUCAAAUUCCGACCACAUGCAUAGUUUUGUGUACCGAAAUGAACUUUGACCUUAAGAUUGACCUAGUGACCUACUUUCACAUUUCUGUAGCUACAGGCUUCAAAUUUAGACCACAUGCAUAGGAUUGUGUACCGAAACAAACUUUGACCUUGACAUUGACCUAGUGACCUACUUUCACAUUUUUGAAGGUACAGGCUUCAGAUUUGGACCACAUGCAUAGAUUUGUGUUCUGAAGUGAAAUUUGACCCUUGAUUUUGACCUAGUGACCUACUUACACAUUUCUCAAGCUAAGCCUUCAAAUUUGGACCACUUGCAUAGUUUUGUGUACCAAAUUAAACUUUGACCUUAAGAUUGAUCUAGUGACCUACUUUCACAUUUCUCAAGCUACAGCUUUCGAAUUUGGACCACAUGCACAGUGUUGUGUACGUAAAUGAAAUUUGACCUUGAGCUAGUCAGUAAGUCUUGAAAUUUGGAACACUCCAAAAUGGCACAUUGGUGGGCGCCAAGAUCACUGUGAUCUCUUGUUGUUUCCUUGAAUAAUUAAUGAUAGCACAAUUGUUUGCUUUAAAUAUGUAUAGAAAUAAUACAUUAGGCAUAUCUGAGAGCAGAAGUUAUUUCAUUUAUUUAAAGCUCAUUAUAAAAACAUAAAUAUUUUAGCGGGAAUACAACACUAUUUAUAAUGUAUAGAAUGGUAAUUUACCAUUUACAACCUUCAGAGGUACUAUUAAAUGGAUAUUAAAAUACACAGCAUUAAUGUCACAUUCCAAACAAGGUGCUAUUUCUUUGCAACAUCAGCAGUAUUAUCUAGUCCACUUAAAUAAUUUCUAGUUGUGUUAUCUUAUAGCUCAGGUUGUAUUUAGGUAGUUGUUGUUUUUGGCAUUGCUAUAAUCCUCCAUGUACAUGUAUACAACUAUUUGACGUUAUUCAGCGCAAUUGUAAACACACAAAUAAUACCAUUUCAUAUCAUGAUUUUUUUUUUAGUAAUUGUGCUAGAGUUUUUGAUUGUUUUGUUUUUUGAAGUAUGUAUUAAACCAGUACCUUGUGUAA